AUGCUGCGAGGCAUAACGGCGUUGCGGCGCUGCAGCUGUAGGCCCUCGCUGGCGUAUGACCGUCUGGUGAGCGCCGGGACCAUUGCGCGUGACGCACAGCAGGUGCUCGCCCUGCCCGUGUUUGACCGCCUCUACGACGACCUUGUGCGGUACACGCAGAGCCCGGGCCGGGCGCAGCCGCGGCGGGUGGAGCUGCGGCCGCCAAACCGGCUCGGCUUGGUGCCCUCCUUCUUUCUUCGCCGCGAGCAGGAGGACAAGGUGCGGCGGGCCCUGCAGGAAACCGGCAGCGCGGCGAGCGCCGCCUACCACCCUCUCUCGCGUGUGAAGGGGUUGUACGUGUACGGCGGGGUUGGCUGCGGCAAGACGAUGCUGAUGGACUUGCUCUACCAACACGCCCCCGCCGAGCUCAUGAAGCGGCGCGUGCACUUUCACCACUUUAUGCUGGACGUGCAGCGGACCUCGCACGACGUGCAGUUCGUGGCAAAGGCCGGCAGCGUCGCACUGCAGCCGCGGCGCACGCAGGAAGCCGCCGUGGACCUCUUUGACGAGGUCGCCCAGCGGCUCGUGAGCGACGUGGAGCUGCUCUGCUUCGACGAGGUCGCCGUCGCCGACGUGGCCCACGCCAUGAUCCUGCGGCGCCUCUUCAACGCCUUCUACAAGAUGGGGCUGGUGGUCGUGUUCACCUCCAAUCGCCCGCCCGACGAGUUGUACCUUGGCGGCCUCAACCGCGAGAGCUUCCUCCCCUUCAUUGAGCUGGCGAAGCAGCAGUGUGUGGUGUACGACAUGCGCAGCCCGACGGACCACCGCCUCGCCGGGAGCGACGCACAGACGUACCUCUGCCCCCUCAACCCCGACAACGACGCGCGGUUUAACAAGAUCUUCCUGCAGCUCUGCAAGGGGAUGCCGGCAACGGCGCAGGUGCUGCGGGUGUUUGGGCGGGACGUGCGGGUACCCGCCGCCUGCGGUGGGGUCUGUCGCUUUCACUUCACCGACAUCUGCAACGAGGCGACGUCGAGCGCCGACUACGAGGUCAUCGCAAAGACGUUUCACACCGUCUUUAUUGAGGGCGUGCCGCGCUUCGCGUACGAGAGCAGCGACAUAAAGAGCCGCUUCCUCCACUUCAUUGACGCCCUGUACGAGUACCACUGCAAGCUGGUCAUCUACGCCCAGGUGCCCCCGCUGCAGCUGCAGGAGAGCAGGGAGGAGUACGAGGCAGCGCAGCGGCAGCUCGCGGGCGGCGGGGCCCACAUGGACGCCCUCACGGAGUUUGAGCGUGAGUCCGGAAAGCGGCUCAUUGACACCAGUGACGCCUCCUUUCAAAUGGAACGCUGCAUCUCCCGCCUUAUUGAAAUGCGGUCGCGCGAGUACCUCGAGAGUCCGCACCGCUACGAGGAGGUUUCAUUGAGCACAGAGUGA